CGACUAGAUGGACAAAUUUUCCAACAGCAGAAAAAUGGAGAGCAGCAAAGAUCGAACAGUCUAAAGUGAGUUUCCCACAGCCAGCUGAUCCCGAUCCUGAUCUUGACCCAGUAGAGUCUUCCUCAGCGUUACCCCCUCUGCCUCCUCCAUGCGCUGAGCGGAUCAGCUGACCGCCAGAACUUCUCAGCAGUCCAGUCUCUCGUGACGUCCGCUAGUCUUCUGCCCCCUCUGCCCUCCUCCAUGACUGGGGCUCAGGGAAGCAGCUGACCUCUCACCCCCUCACCUCUGACCCCGACCCCAUGGCCCAGAUCUCCAGUGGCAACGGGCUGCACGCGGGCCCGCGUUCGGGGUCGCCUGGCGUGAUGCGCCCCCGGGGGGGCGUGGUGGGCAAGGAGGAGGCGCUGAGGAUGGAGGAGGAGGCCCUGGCACGCCUGCAGCGCGAGAAGAGACACACACUCCCCGCCACCGCCGCCUCCGCCUCCGCAUCCGCAUUGUCUUCAUCUCCAUCCUCCUCGUCCUCCUCACACAUUUCCACCAGUAGGUCCUCCAAGAAGCUAGAUGGCGCUCUGCGUGCGCCUCAGCUUGGCGCCCCUGGGGCUGCCGGCACCUCUGGCCGCGCGGAGAGGGACCUGAUCUUCUUCCCGGAGGCGGACGGCGGCAGGAAGGGCGGCGGCAGCGAGAGGGACGCGCUCAAGAACAUCGACGUCAACAAGCUGACCAAUGAGGAGCUGGAGAAGAUCCUAUUGGACACCUCCUUCGACACCAACAGCAAGGCGCCACGCCCCUCCUCGUUGCUGGGCUGCAACCUGAGUGCCUCGUACCCUGGCGGAGUGCCCCACGCGUACAGCCCCGUGCCUUUUCAACAGGUGGCGAGCUCACCAUGGACCUCCAUCUCCUCCAUCUCCUCUGUGUCCUCCAACUCUUCGGCCCUGUCCACCCCUACGCACCCCCAAGCCCCAGGAGGGGGGGUGUUCCCCGCCUUCCCCAAACCUGUGGGCGCCUGCGUCUCCACCUUCACCAACGGAUACACGCCUCCCAUGUCCCACGCCACCUUCCACCACCUACCCAUGCCCAGCUUCCAGCAGCCAGCCUUCCUGCCCUUCGCGCCCAUACAGGUGUACCAGCCGGCCGCGGUCACGCCCGAGAUGGCCAAGCUCUUCGACAAGAUCACUAGUACCUCGGAAUACCUGCGCAGCGAGAGGUCGUCCAGCAUGGACUCGGACUCCACGCCCGCGCCCCCCAAAUCCCUGGAACCAGCGCCAGCGCCCUCCGCACCGGCCGCCGAACCGCCAGCCAUCAGCCGAUUUGAUUGGCUGGACCUGGACCCCCUCAGCAUGCGCAGGGGGGAGCAGGAGGAGGGUGGGGGUGCGGGUGGGGGGCCGGCGGGGGUGUCCGGUACACACAGGCCCGGUGCUAGUGGUGGUAACGGGGAGGUGGGGGGAGGAGGGGCGUGUGCUGUUGCUAGGGACCCCUGGGAUGCCGUGCUAUUGGACGAGCCAGAGGGGCGGAGUAAAGGAGGGCCGGGAGCAGGUGAGGCACCUGAGCAGGUGACAACGCCUGGCGUCUCUCAGCAGCGCAGGGCCUCGACUGGGACGCCGGUCACCAGAAGCCAGUCCCUCAACAUCUCAACCAAUCACCAGCUCAAUAAGGGAAGUGCGAAAGUGCUCACCAAGUACCCCACCCUUCUGGAUAAGGAGGCCCAGAACUUGGAAGUUGUGGCUUUCUGUGAAGACAUCGCAACACUGAGGUCAAAGUUCGUGCACGGUGACCUGGUGACGAACCCUGGCUACGUCCUGAGCCCGGUGAUCCCCCAGCCCUCGGAGGGCGGCGACAACAGCAGCGGUGUGAAGGUCUCCAUAGAGAUCUCUGACUCCCAGGAACCGGUCACGUUCACAUGCGAUGGUGAGUUCAUUAUCGCA